CAGAGGGUGUCAGGUCCAGCUCCUCCAACUGCAGAGAUGCCACUGCUGCUGCUGCUACUGCUGUCACUGUUGUGGGGGAUCGAGUGUGUUGGCAGCCAGGGGUCCCAGGCAGGGGCUGGGGCUUCCACUAAUCCUCGGUCUCCCCGAUGGUACAGGGAUCUGGUUGACGGAUACCAGCUGCAGGUGCAAAAGUCUGUGACGGUGCAGGAGGGCCUGUGUGUCUUCAUACCCUGCAUCUUCUCCUACCCCCCAGAUGGCUGGAAGGACUCUGACCCAGUUCUUGGCUACUGGUUCCAGGAACAGGCCUAUAACUUCAAUCAUGAACAGGUUGCUCCAGUGGCCACAAACAACCCAUACAGGAAAGUAGACUCUCAGACCAGAGAUCGAUUCCAGCUCCUCGGGGAACCCUGGAACAGGAGCUGCUCGCUGGUGAUCAGAGACGCACAGAGGAGGGACACAGCCACGUACUUCUUUCGGGUGGAGAGAGGAAAUACAGUGAAAUUUAGUUUUAAGAAAUACACGCUGGCCCUGGAAGUGACAGGCCUGACACAGAAGCCUGAUGUCUACGUCCCGGAGACCCUGGAGCCAGGGCGCCCAGUGACACUGCUCUGUGUGUUUCCUGGGGACUUUGAGGGCUGUCCAGCCCCUAAGUUUUCCUGGACGGGGGUGGCCGUCUCCCCCCAAGGAGCUGAACCACGAGCCUCCGUUUUCUCGGCGCUCACUCUGACACCGAGACCCCAGGACAAUGACACCGAGCUCACCUGUCGAGUGAACUUCUCCAGAAAUGGCGUGAGCACCAUGAGGACCAUCCGACUAAGUGUGGCCGCAGAGAAAUCCAACUGUGGGAUAGAAUUUGCUCAGGCGGCCUUCGUGGGAGCUGGUCUCGCUGCCCUGUUCUUCCUCUGUCCUGGCCUCAUCUUCCUCAUGGUGAAGACCUUAAAGAGGAAGGCAAUCAAGACAGCAGCUGGAAGAUCGGAUGCCCCCUCUGUCUUGGGUACCAUCCCGUGGGAUCACCAGCAGGAGUCCCAACCGAGUGAUAACCCAGACAUCCCACCCCGGGCUAUGACCACCCCUACACUGGGAGAAGAGCAGGAACUCCAUUACGCCUCCCUCAUUUUCCAUGGGCUGAGGCCCCAGGAGCCUCAGGACCAGGAGGCCACCAGCACCACCGAGUACUCGGAGAUCAAGAUCUACCAGUGAGGACUCGCCCAGAGCUCAGGUCUGGCUGGAGGGCCCAGGGCUUCCCUGGAAAGGGACACUUGAUGGGGAUUCCUGAGUCAACAGCUCUCUACGUGAACAGGAUAUAACUACUCUAUGGGUGCGGCACAACAGUUAAGCCCUCUGCUGUUAAUCAAAUUCGGGGUUCAAACUCACCAGCCACUCUGGGGGAGAAAGAUGUGGCAGUCUGCUUCUGUAAAGAUUACAGCUUUGGAAACUCCAUGGGCCAGUUGUACUCCCGUGUCCUAUAGGGUCGCCAUGAGUCGGAAUGGACUUGAUGGCACCUGACGAGAAUAACAUGGGAGUUUCACAGUAUGGGGACCGGCAGAACUGGUCUCAGCUCUCAGCCUCAUCACCAACUAAGACCAGGAGUUUGAACAAGUCACCUCACUGCUCAGUUUCCUCCUCUGUCAAAUGGGCAUGACGUACCUAAGUCUCGGGGCUGUUGUAAGGAGUCAGGAUGUAAUUAAUGUGAUGCUUCUGUUAUGGACUGAAUUGUGCCCCGCCCAAAUAUUUGCAGGAAUCCUAACCCCUACACCUACGGAAUCAAGCUCUGGUGAUGCAAUGGUUUAGGGGUUAGGUCUUCAAUGUAGGUUUAGGGGGGCACAAUUCAAUCCGUAACACUGGGGAACCCAACCUGUGACAUACUAUGUAUUUAAAAA